AUGUCUGACGCCACCAAGUCCGCCGAAAAUGUCCAGCAACUGGAGAGACCAGAAGAAGUUACAGAGACCAAGCCAGCUCACGCUGUCGACACGGUUCACAACGACGAGGCUCUCAGAAUUAUCGACGGGUACACCGGAGACCAUACCUGGGUUGACAAGGAAGAAAGCAAGUUGCGUCGCAAAAUAGAUUGGAAGUUGAUGCCUGUCCUCUGUAUGACUUAUGGGUUGCAAUACUAUGACAAGGCUAUGCUCUCCCAGGCUGCUCUUUUCGGACUCAGAAGUGACCUAGAACUAACGGUCGGCGAUCGAUACUCCUGGGCGGCCUCCAUCUUCUACCUCGGGUUCAUCGUUGGUGCUUACCCAGCCAUGAUUUUAGCCCAAAGGUUUCCGGUAGAGAAGGUUGCUUCAGCCAUUGUCACCCUUUGGGGACUCUGCCUGAUCUUGACUACCAUUUGCAAGGACUAUCGUGGCUUGUAUGCACAACGAUUCUGCCUCGGUCUACUGGAGAGUGGCAUCAGCCCUAUGUUUAUGUUGAUUGUUGGAAGUUGGUAUAAAAAGAACGAGCAAGCUAUGCGCAUGGGAAUCUGGUAUAGCUGCACGGGCUAUGUUUCCAUCUUCUCGCCGCUCAUCAACUAUGGCUUCGGAAAGCUCAACGGAGGCGUCUCUUCCUGGAAAUAUAUAGCCAAGGGCUUCGAUGAAAGAGAACGCUACAUCUUGGUGUCUCGUCUUAGAAGCAACAACUCUGGUGUUCGCAACACCCACUACAAAAUGGAUCAAGUUGGCGAACUUGCUCUGGAUAUCAAGUUCUGGCUUGUUUUUGCUAUUGCUUUCCUUUGCAUGAUUGCCAACGGCCCUAUUUCGACUUUCGUCCCGAUUAUCGUCAACGGUUUUGGAUUCAGUACCCUCAACUCGCUCCUUCUUACCAUGCCUGCUGGUGCGUACGGUGGCACUAUUCAGCUGAUUAUGCCGUACCUCGCAUACAAAUUCAAGAACUGUCGAACAUGGAUCAUAUUUGGCGCACAGCUUGGAACCACAUUGGCUGCCCUAUUGCUGUGGUUGUUGCCUAGAUCUGCUAAGGGUGCCCUUUUAUUCGCUGCAUACAUCUUACCCUCUGUCGGAGGUGGAUAUGCCGUGUUGAUGGGCCUUCAGAUUGCCAACACGGCCGGCUACACCAAGCGCUCUAUUGCUUCAUCCGGGCUUUACAUUGGAUACUGUCUAGGAAACUUUGUCGGUCCACUUGUGUUCCGAAAACAAGAUGCGCCUAACUAUGCUUUUGGAUUUACCGUGGUCGUUAUCACAUCUCUGGCCGCAGGAAUACUUGGCCUCGUGUAUCGGUUCGUGUGCCUGUGGCACAACAAAAAACGAGACGAGGCAGGCAUCAUGGAAGGAUUCGAUCACGCCUAUGAAGAUGAUCUCACCGAUAUGAAGAAUCCACAAUUCCGUUACAUUAUGUAA